AUGAGUUGUUCAGAUGAAGAGAAAGUGGAAUUGGCUGCGUAUCAUCUCCGGGACCAGGCAGUCACAUGGUGGGAGAUGCAGAAGACAAUCUUUGGGGAACAGCGCAUCACAUGGGCGAUGUUCCGGGAUGCUUUUGAGCGGCAGUAUUUUCCAGCCACAUUCUGUUUAGCUCGACGCCAGGAAUUCCUGAAUCUCAAGCAGGGUGAUCGAUCGGUGAUGGAGUACAACGCUGAAUUCUGCAGAUUGGCUGAGUUUUGCCCUCAUUUGGUGGUGCAGGAUUAUGACCGGAUGCAGCAGUUCACCCAGGGUUUAGCAGCAUAUAUUCGGCUCAGGAUGUCAGGAUUUCCAGGUAGCUCCUACCGAGAAGUUUUGGAUCAUGCACUGUUUAUCGAGAUGACUCAGCAGCAGGUAAAUCAGGAGAAAGGCCAUGAUAAGCAGUCGUCACAAAAGAGAGGGAACAAAGGUCAGAGUUCACAGGCUACCACGGGAGGUUCUUCUCGGCCGCGGAAGUCAGGGCGGACGUCUGAUGGAACAUCUCAUCCUCCUCAGCAUGAUUGGAAGAAAGAUAGAUCUGGAUCCAGAUGCACAGUUGGAGGCUACUAA